UAUGUUUGUUUCUCAACAGGUAAAAAAAUACAUAAAAAAUAAAAAUGGAUGAAUUGGACCAUGGAGCGUUGUUUUUAGCUCAUAGGAUUAGUGGUGAAGACAAUUUGGUGGUUCCUGCCAGAAAUGCUCCUUGCAGCCAGAAGUACAAACCUGUUGACUACAAACAUUUGUAUGAACUCACUGCAGAGGCAAAAAUGGCCUCUGCACAAAUUCAGUUAAAGAUUAAAAAAGCAGAGCAAGUUUCCAAAAUCAGCAAAGAGCAAAUGCUGCUGAAACAGCAUCGUCAGGUGUGGUGGCAAGAGUAUAAAAGGCUGAGUGAAAGCAGGCAAAAAGCAGAAGAAGAAAUGAAGACUUUUCUUGAUGAAGAAAGCAAUAAGAACAACUUUUUUUUUGAUUUGAGGGAAUUGGAGCAGAAACUGUGCAAGGAGUGGGACACUUAUCAAACAAACGCUUUAGUUCCUGUCUGGCAGCUCAAGGAGGAUCUGAAACUCAAGCUGUCUCAAGUGCAGCGCUACCUCUCAAAAGAAUCUUGUCAGAAACCCAAGAUCAAUUCAGCUGAGGUGCUACAGCAGAUCAAAUUUAUGAAGAAUCAACAGAAGGCAAUUUUGGAAGGUCUCAUCCUUGAAAGUCUGGCUUUGGAAAGAGAACUUGAAGAGUACAAAGAAAAUGCAUUGGAGCACUCUCCUGAAGAUACAAACGGGCUUUUCCUUGAAGUUCCUCCCGAGCUGGUGUCUCUGGAGUGCCCCUACCCUGACCUGCAGGCCCUGGUGCUGGAGGAGUACCAGGAGCUCGCCCGCGGCUACGGGGCCAAGCUCCAGCAGGUGGAUCAGCAGCUGGAGGCUUUAUCCAGGAACAGUGACUGGAAGGAAGAAGAUCAGUGGAUUUUCCAGACUGUUAUCAAUCAGUACCCAAGCGAUCUUCAGAGGAGGAGGACUUUGUACCUGGAUAUGCUGCAGAGGUAUCUUCCCCACAAAUCCAGGCAGGAGCUGGUAGCUCACGAGAAGGCUCGGGAUCACUACCACAGCAUCAGAAGCCAGCGCAGAGCGCUGCUGUCAGCCUGGGCUCAGCUCAGGAAAGCCUUUGUCCUCAGGGCCCUGGCUGCUGCUGCCGAGGCUGCUGCUGCUCACGAGGCACAGGCGCUGCUGGCCGACUCCAGGCACAGGCAGCUGGAGAUCUGUGCUGAUCUGAAAGCAAAGGUUCUACAGUGGAAAGCACAGCAGGAAGAAGCUGCUAAACUAGAAGCUGCUGUAGCUGCCAGAAGAAAAGAAAAGGAAGAUGAGAGAGAAAGGCUGCAGAGAGAACAGGAAACCAUCCGUAGAGCUCAGGAUAAAGAGAAACUGAAAAAAUACUGGGCUGAGAAAGAGCUCAAGUGGCAAGAACAGGAGGAGAGAGAUCUACGACAACUGGAGGAACUGAGAAAAUUAAUGGCUGAACAAGCAGCCAAAGACAGAGAAAGGUUGCCGUUGUUGCAGAAUUAGAUCCUGCCAGAGCGGUGGCUGACACGGUGGCGUCAAAAGCUCGCAUGGGCAUUGGAGCCAACGAGGAGGUUGAGCUGCAGCAGCCCCUGUUCAGGCUGCACACCUACAGCGAGGAGCAGGUCAUUUCUGACCCCAGGGUCCGUGUGGAGCUCGCUCUCCGAGAAGCUGGACUGCAUAAAACACUUUAUGCGAGAGAGGUUUUGUCAAAACUUCCACCACCGAAGCUUCCAAGAAGAGACACGGAAUCUACAGCUUUUAAAAUGUAGAGCACAUCUCAUGAGAGGGGCAGAGCAGCACCAGGGCUCUGGUCUGGCCCACGACAUGCAAACCCUAAAUUCCCUUUGGCUGUCCUAGAACUGCUCAGGUCCCUGACCAUGCAGCCAUUCUCAAGCACUCGCAGCCUUUCUGAGCUGGGAGCACCACGUUCCACCUGCCCUGUGUGGGUCUGGAGGGGCUGGGCUGCGUGCUGUUCAUGGCAUUGCCCGUGUCCCUCUGACUGCCAGCGGGGACACCGUGCUCAAGGACUCCUGCACACAGCCCAGGCCAAUCUGAUGUGCAGCAUCUUGAGUAGGAAUUACUGGGAUUUAAUUGGUAGCAGAAGUCCAAAAUAGCUUAGCACAGCAGUUACUUUAGAUUUUUUUAAGUUACAUGAAUAAAUCCCACAAUUUUCUUUCCAGGUUUCUUGAGAAUUUGAUUUUUUUUAGUUAUAAAAUCUUCAUUGCCAUGAAUGUUUCUAAUAUUCCUUGAUUAUGAGAAGAUGAAACUUAAACCUUUGUCUAUAUUUAGAAGGCAACUUGCUGCAUCAUAUUUACUGCAAACCAUUCAUUCAAUUUCAUAUUAGUUUUUCAGAUUAGUUUUUCAGUAUAAAUUAUAAAUAGAGCUGGCAUCUUUA